CCGGCUCAGUGGCUCAGUCGCUCUUGUCAGCUCGGGUGGUGGGAUGUUGCUUGGAUGUUACCGGCCGACAGGGAAACAAAAUACAUUUCCACUCGGACUUCCAUUGUCUGAAUACAUGUAGUCAAUAGAAGUAAACUGCUUUCAUUAGUGGUUUACUGCUUUGACAUCUUUGGAGAGCGGUAAGUUAGCUGGCUAAGCUAGCUAACUUGGUCGGUAAUUAUACUCGAAGCCCCGGUUCUACUCAGGCUAGCGUAACAGAGGAUGCUGGAGUCAAUAAAAGUAACAGAAAGACUGCGCUGGCCAGAAGUAGAAAUGUCCAAGAAGUACAUCUUAAACAGCACUGACAAGCCAGUGAGCCUGAGCCAAGUGUACCUGGAGAAGAUUUCCUCCAGUGUCCUAAAAGACCUCUUCACCACUGGGACCAGCAGCUACAAUGUGCUUCUGCAGGCUGAGGAGGAGGAGAAGCAGAGCCCCAAGCACUCUCCUUACAGGAGGCCAAAGACGUCCGUGAAAUGUGCCUCCACAGUGCAUAAAAGAAGCCGUCCAGGUAUGGCCCCAGCUGUGGUGCGGGGCUCAGAGGGAGGAAGUGACACCGUACCAUCAAAUCAUGUCUCCUCAGGAAGCCGCUCCAAUCUGCCCAGGCCAGCACGCACCAUCACAGUGCAGGGCAGCACCAUGGGCCUUUCCCCUCGCCCUGUCCCCCAUCCCAGGAAAGUCUGCAUCCCCAGCUCAUCUCGUACCAAACUUCCCUCCUUGCCCAAAUCAACAAUCGUGCGAGACAUGGAGAAUGCCAAAAAGCUCUGCAUCCUUACAGCCAUCAAGCCGUCCAACGUAGAGAAGGAGAAAGUCAAGUUUUUCAAGUCUGACUUCAACUACAAUCCCCAGUUUGAAUAUAGCAACCCUGUCUCCCCACUUGUCCUGGCACGGCAUAACAAUGCUUCAGACCGGUUUCUUACACAGGCAGUGCGGAUCAUGGAGCUUGCCCUGCAGAGGUAUGGCAACUAUGAGAAGUUUGAACAGACCACUGGCGGCAACCUCCUCACCAAGAGUCGCAUCUGGUACAAUGUCAAGAAAUACAUGGAAAAAGAGGGCUGCAUGGGGGAGAUUGUAGUUCAUGUGACAGACGACCUCCUGUCCAGGGCCUCUAUGACUGUGGUGAACAGCAGACCCACCCUGACCAUCAACAUCUCCACUGCCCGGGAGCACUGGCUGGAAGGCAUGCUGAGGCAUGAGAUUGGCACACAUUACUUCCGCGGCAUCAAUAACAGCCACCAGCCAUGGAGCACCAGUGUGGGCAGGAAGAAGCACAACCUGAAGCCCUUGAACCCCACCGAGGAGGGCCUGGCCAGCAUCCACAGCGUUUUGUUCAGGAAAGACCCGACACUGUGGCGCGCCGCCCUGCUCUACUACACCGUCUACCAAGCCAGCCAGUUGUCCUUCUCCCAGCUCUUCCAUGACCUGGGGCGCUUCGUCCAGGAUCCCAAUACCCGCUGGGACUACUGUGUCCGAGCCAAGAGAGGCCAGACCAACACAGCACAGCCAGGUUGCUUCAGCAAAGAUCAGGUGUAUCUGGACGGCAUCCUGAAGAUCCUCAGAUACAGAGACAAGAUCAACUUCCCACUGCUCAUGGCUUUAGGAAAGGUGUCCUUCGAGGAUGUGGACCGGCUGAAAGGCCUGGCUCAGAUGGACAGCGUUCGCAUCCCACACUUCCUGCAGGACCAAGCGAGCUACGCUGAGCAGCUGGAGAAGAUCAUGGAGGUCAACCAGCUGACGGACGAGGAGCUCAGGGUCAUCGUCUGAGGCCAUUCUGAUCUCCUGUGCGCCUUCACCACCCAAAAGUAGACCUUAAUAAAACCUGAGCGAUAUCACACCACCAGUCAUAGCCCUGCAUGUUUCACCACCAGCAUGGUAGCAGACUGUGUGACUUGUGCAGCGUGCUGUAUUGCAUGUAGAAUAUGUAGAUGGGGUUAGACCGAUAUAUAAUUUUGCUGAAAUUAAACUUUGAUCAAAAAUUGGACCAAAAGCCUGUGUUGUCCACCUUGAAUAUGAUGAAACCUGGCUCACUCUGCAUUAAGAAAUUCAUUAGCAUGGCUGUCAGUGGAGAGUUUUAGUGUCUUAUGACGGUCUGAAUGCUGUUUUAGUGGAUUUACCAGCCUUACAAAAAAUACUUUCUGUUGUAAAAAAAAACAAGGAAUACUUCCUUCACAGCAUGAAAAAUGUUUAAAGAUCCUAUAUAUACAAAAAUCAUUGUUCAAAAACCCAAAUCGGUCUAACCCUUAAGUAAAGAUUCUCAUUCUUUAUCAUGCUCUCUUUCACCAAUGAGCUAAGUGUACUUCUGUUCUCUUUUCUAAGGAUGAAUACAUUCUUGCACUGUGUUUUCCCCAGAAAUGGACCGAUUGUUGCUUUUUGUAGUACAUAUAUUACCACCGUAACAGAGUGUUGGUUGAAAGAAAGAUGGUUUAGCAAUAUCACAGCCAGCUGCUGCUCAUACAGGAUGCUGUGUCAUACCAGGGAGAGACUGGACUAAUACCUGCGUAAGUGCUCCAUCAGCACUUAGACAGAACUGCUAAUAAAGGCUAGGCCUGUCAGCAUUGUUCACUGUAGUGCAAUGUUUGCUGUUAGGUUGAUGCGGCAUGGAACAAAGAAAAUAGUCCCAAAGGUGCAGCUCUCCUGUUACCUAUGGAUGGAAGUGUAGUGUUGUACCCUCUGGUGGUAUGUGACUUUGUUAAAGUGAUAGUUCACCACCCUUUUUGAAAAAUGUGAUAUUAUUUCACUUCUCCUCUAGCUGUUACGUAGGACAGUAGUCGUGCUAUUUUCAUAUUCUUCUCUUUAAAAAACACCUUAAGGCAGUUAUUUAUUUAUGUAGUUAAGGUUAUUAGCUGGGGGAGGUCCACCUCAGUGGCAGGAGGCUAACAGUUAGCAUUUGGAGCAUCCAGCCAGUAUCCAGCACUCAGUAACAAUGAGAGGAAGAUAGAGCCACUACUGUCCUACACAACAGUUGGGGGGAAGUGAAAUAUUACAUUUUUCAAAAUGGGUACACUUUACUUUUAAGGUGUGACUUGCCAUCUUAUCUCCAUUUCCACAAAAUGCUCAGUGAUGUCCUAGUGGUCUAAGUGCACUGACUUGAAGUUAUGACCUGUUUCACUAUUUGCACUUUCUUACCUUUAAUCUACCUUUUCAACUGCACUCUUAUGGGCAGUUACUCUAUAGAUGUAAGUUAAUCAAAUUAAUUUUCCUGAUUAACAAAACUACCCAAAUGCCUCAUGAUUUUGUUGAUACUGUGUUUUUGAUAACCGUGGAUGACCUACUGCAGGCAGCACAUGUGCUACUGUGUCCCCUCAGAUGCCUCCUAUAUGAUAUGUAAUAGGUAUGUUAUAUAUAUAUUUUGUGAAUGACUUUUUGUGAUGCUCACAGACACUGGUUACUCCAAAUAAACUGGAUCUCCCCACAAAA